CUGUGCCAGUGACCUUUCAGAUGAGAACUGAAUGACGAGUAAGAGUUAGCUGGGUGAAGAUCAGUGAGAUGCGUGAGAGGUAUUUCAACAGAGGGAACAACUUAUGUAAAGAAUCAGAGCCCUCUGUGCACUUUAGGAAUGUGAGGAAUUAGUGUGUAGCUGGAGCGUGGAGUUUUCAGUGGCGAGAGUGAAAAGGCUGGGCUGGAGGGGAGAAGUCUCUGGAAAGCACACUGUAUAAUUUGGACUUUACUCAGAGGACAAUGAGAAAUCUUUGAAAGGUUAAGCCAGGGCAGCGGAAGCGCAUUUUGUGUUUAGAAAGGUCAUUUUGGUUGCUCUGCCGGGAAAGGACUGAACGGGAGCAAAACUAAACGCAGUGAGGUUAAUUGGGAGGUAGAUUGUUCCAGCUGAAGAAGAUGGCCGUUGUGGGGAUUUUUAAAAGUAAGUAGAUCAGACAGAUUUAGUAAUCAGUUAGAGAGUGGUGAGGAAGAAGGAGGAAUUCGGGUCGGUCGUCCAGUUUCUAGCACGAGCAAUUGAGUCCAGCGUCUAUGUGCGCCAAGAGAUGACAGUAUUUCCCUGUCGUAGUGAUUGUCACACUGUAUUUGAAUUGCUGUGGGAGGGCAGGGCCCAUAUUUGUCAUCUGAAUUGACACUGCCUAGCAGGCAGGCCCUACCUGGCACAUAUGGUAGCGAGCGUUCAAUAAAUGUUCAUUGAAUUUCAAUUUAACCGGGAGAGAGAGGUUUGUGGGAGAAGCCGACCAAUUCAGUUCACAACGUACUAUGUUUGCGGUACCUGUGAAAUACCCAUGUGGGUUUUUUCAGUGGACACUGUAAUAGACUGGAGUUCCAAAGAAAGAUCUGGACUGGAGAUAGGAUGCUCAGUAGCAUGUGGAGGUCAUUUGAGCUGGAAGAGAAUAAGACCUCACGGGAGGUACAGAAUGCAGAGGGCGUAGGAUCUCAGGCAGCUCUUUGGGGUUUAAGGAGAAAGCAAAGGAAGAGCCUGCCCAUGCAACAGAAAUGGAACUGCCCGAAAGGAAGUGGGGUGCCGGCAGGGUCUAGAAGAAAGAACAGUCCGUUGCUUUGUCUGCUGCUGAGGUGGCAGGCGCCAGAAAGACCGCAAAGCGUCCGUGCGAAGUCGGGGGUGACCCCAGUGAGGAGUGACCUUAAAAAGGAGGUGCUCGGUCAGUCCUUGUUAAGAGGAUGAAGAAUGAACCCACCCAUUAAAGCAGGGCCCUGCCAAGAGGCUUAUAUAGAAAGGAUCGCAGCAAGGCUUCCCAGCUCUCAAAAACAACUUCUGCAUGGAUGGGGAAAAUGGUGGUUUUCACCUCUGCCUCGAACACUAAACCCCUCCCUCUUUCUCCCAGCCACGUUCUCCAACUAGAUAAAAUGGCUUCCUCUCACAAUGUGGCUGGCUGUGUCUGUCUCUCUGACUCUGCACAGGAAGCAAACGGCCUAAGGUGGGCUGCAGCUUGGUAAUGGAAACAGCUAUUGAUGAGCAGUUAAUAAAAGGUGACAGUACUGACCGCCAUGCUAUCGGGCAGGUGGUGGCCAAGUACCUGGGGGAGCCUGGGGCUGGGGUCCCGGAGUCCUUCUCGGGGGUCCCGGCUCUGCGCCCUCUAUGCCUUCACUUACACGGGGGCAGAUGGCCAGCAGGUGUCUCUGGCUGAAGGGGACAGAUUCCUGCUGCUUCGAAAGACCAACUCGGACUGGUGGUUGGCAAGGCGCCUGGGCGCCCCCUCCGCCUCGCGGCCCAUCUUUGUCCCGGCUGCCUACAUGAUAGAAGAAUCCACCCCUCCCCAGAGCCCGACUACCAGCCCCCCCAGCCAAGCUCUCUGGAAGCCUGGGCCAAAGCUGUUUCCCGGCUCCCUGGAGGAACUGCACCUGCCCCAGUCGCCCCCAGGUGGAGACCAAGCUGCUUUCAAGCAGCCUCCUCCUCUUCCCCCCAAAAUGUGUCGAAGUGUCAGUGUCACCAAUUUGAGGCCCGCCGUCCUGCAGCCCUUGCAGCAAGGCCGGGGUGGAAGGUCCCGCUCCCAGGAAGACUUGCUGAGGGAGGCCCCCGCCGACCCGGCCGGACCCCCGCCCCCCAUGUCAGAGCCCCCUGUGUACUGCAACCUGGUGGACCUUCGCCGCGGCACCUCCUCCCCGCCCCCAAGCCCCGCCUGCCCCCCGCUGCAGAGGCUGGACGCCUGGGAGCAGCACCUGGACCCGGACUCCGGACGCUGCUUCUACGUGAACUCGCUGACCGGCUGCAAGUCCUGGAAGCCCCCACGCCGCACUCGCGCCCGGGAGCUGAACCCUGGCUCCAUGGACCAGUCGCCGACCCUGAGCGGGGACAAGAGUGACCUGCAGCCACAGGCAGACAGCCCAGGAGAUGACAUGGGGACCCCAGAACGGCUCAACCCCCAGGGUGCCCCCUGCCGCCAGCAGUGCAGCUCCCAGCUCUGCCCUUCAGACCAGCCCGCUGCCCUGCAGUCCCCUAGGCCCCUGCCGCAGGUCCUGGAGGACCCCCAUGAGGUGGAGAAGUCUGGCCAGCUCAACGUCACCAAGAUCGCCCAGGGUGGGCGCAAGGUCAGGAAGAGCUGGGGCGCGUCGUGGGUGGUGCUGGCCGGCAACAGCCUGGUGUUCUACCGCGAGCCUCCGCCUGCCGCGCCCUCCUCCGUCUGGGGGCCGGCGGGCAGCCGCCCGGAGAGCAGCGUGGACCUCCGAGGGGCGGCCCUGGCCCACGGGCGCCACUUGUCCAGUCGCCGCAACGUCCUGCACAUCCGCACGGUCCCUGGCCACGAGUUCCUGCUGCAGUCGGACCAGGAGGCGGAGCUGAGGGCCUGGCACCGCGCGCUGCGGGCGGUCAUCGAGCGCCUGGAUCGCGAGAACCCCCUGGAGCUGCGCCUGUCGGGCUCGGGGCCCGCGGAGCUGGGGGAGCUGAGCGCGGGGGAGGACGACGAGGAGGAGUCGGAGCGCGUGUCCAGGCCGCUGCUGCGUCUCGGUGGCCUCCGGAGCUCCAGCCGGGCUCCUGAAGGCACCGAACAGAACCGCGUGCGCAACAAACUAAAGCGGCUCAUCGCCAAGAGGCCGCCCUUGCAGAGCCUGCAGGAGCGGGGCCUGCUCCGAGACCAGGUCUUCGGCUGCCAGUUGGAAUCACUGUGCCAGCGGGAAGGGGACACCGUGCCCAGCUUUGUGCAGCUCUGCAUUGCUGCUGUGGAUAAGAGAGGUCUGGAUGUAGAUGGCAUUUACCGGGUCAGUGGGAAUUUGGCAGUGGUCCAGAAACUUCGCUUCUUGGUGGACAGAGAACGGGCGGUGACCUCCGACGGCAGGUACAUGUUCCCAGAACAGCCAGGACAAGAAAACCGAUUAGAUUUGGACAGUGCGGAGUGGGAUGACAUCCAUGUGGUCACUGGAGCCCUGAAACUGUUUCUCAGGGAGCUUCCCCAACCUCUGGUGCCCCCCCUGCUGCUGCCUCACUUCCGUGCUGCCCUUGCGCUCUCCGAGGCCGAGCAGCGCCUCUCUCAGAUGCAGAAAGCCAUAAGCUUGAUGCCAAAGCCCAACCACGACACUCUGCGGAGCCUCCUGGAGCAUCUGUGCAGGGUGAUAGCACACGCGGAUAAGAAUCGCAUGACCCCCCACAACCUGGGGAUUGUGUUUGGGCCCACCCUGUUUCGGCCAGAGCAGGAGACGUCUGACCCCGCUGCUCAUGCCCUCUACCCUGGGCAGCUAGUCCAGAUCAUGCUCACCGACUUCCCCAGCCUCUUCCCGUAGCCAGGCAGCAGGAGGAGGAAAUGUUUCUCCGCCCGUUUGUGUUGUGUGUGUGUGUGUGUGUGUGUGUGGAGGCGGUGUGGAGGCGGUGCUGCUGCGUCAGGCCAGCGGAUGUUCUCUGCCAUGAAUGCAUCAGGACAGCCGGGCCAAGUUCUCUGCCAUGAAGACUCAGGGCCUCCCCUGGCGGUGCAGGCGGUGGAGCGCAGCGCUGUGACGCUGUCCGCAGCCUCUGCAGCCGGGUACACACACCACAAAGCAAAAAUGGACAAUUAUAAACCAGAGACAUCCUGCAGGAGGGGAGCAGGGAGAGGGACCAGGGGAGGGAGGGAGGAGCCCAGGGGACGGAGGUGAUGGAGCCCGCGGGCCUUGGGGAAGGGCUACACCUGAGGCGGUGUGGGGAAGCAAAUACUGUUGAAGAAUAAACAAUGAUGUAAAAAAUUAAAAUUUAA